AUGGACGCUUUCAACCACGACACCGAUACCUCUGUCACCAUUGAGCGACUGAUUUCUGAUUUCGGAACCCAGACUAUCGGCAGCACCAGGAAUGAUGUGUAUCCAUCGCCAAGAAACAAUGUCGCGGCACGAGCAAGACAGGUUCGAGAAGAGAUUUUAGAGGCUCUUGAGCCUGUAGAAGUGGCUCCAGCGGAUUUCGAAAUUCUCAACCACUGGAAUCGUCAGAAACACCAUCUCGCUGCUUCUCGGAGUGGGGUCCUAAGCAAGAACGCUCCUGUUCAAGACCAUGCCUCCAGCCUACCAGGAACUCUCACGGACCCAGAAGCGGAGGUUAUCCCAGGUGAGGCUCAUGGUGAUGGAGAAGAACGAAGAGACUCUGCUCUUGCUGUAGAAUGGGACCCAUCCCAAAUGUGGGAUGCCUCCGACGCCGACUUGGGUGAAAUACUCGAGCGCCAGGAUGCUAUUACCAAGCUUCUUACCAAGGCCCAAAAGAGCGGCAAACACACCACUUUUUCUCCAGAAGCAUUCGACGAUGGCUUGCAAUUCACCCUAAGAGUGCAUGGCAAGGAAGACAAGCUUUCUUACCCGAAUCUAUGGGUACCAGAUCCUCGUUUACGGUAUGAGGAUGAGGAAGGAACAGGAGAUUUCAAGGAGAGCAGAGUCAUUAGGGUGUUCUUUGCGAAGAUUGUGGAGAAGGAGGCCUCGCCAACCAGAGGUAGAGGCAGAUCCCACAAGAUGUUCAUGCCAAUGGAAGCCAUCGAGCAGCAAUCCGGCAUACCAAGCUAUGUGGUAGCAGGCAAAUACUAUGCCGAAACUCACAAGCUGCCUCCUCCGACUAUGGUGCAUCCAGCUCUCCGAGAACCGCAGACGCCCAAGAAAGAGACCAGCGAGGCAGAUCUGCUGCUGAAGGUGACACACCAGCAUCCUCCCAAGAAGCGGAUCUUUCCUUGCAAGAAAGCUUGGAGUCCUCCAGAAAUCCAGAGUCCGAAGCAGUUCGCCACCGACUCAGCACGUCCAACAAUACUGCAUCGUGCAGAGACAGGACCUGUAGCGACGGCUCGCCAAAUGCUUCGAAAAAUGCUUCGAACCACACAGAAAGAACCACGUAGCCAGAAGCAGAACCAUGACAUCGAUCUGGAUUAG